GGGAAGGUGUUUGGAGAGGACGGUUUCCACGAGCGGAGCGGGAAGCCCUCCUGCCGCCAGGACUUCCUGGCCAUGUUUGCCCCCAAGUGCCAGGGCUGCGAGCGCCCCGUGACAGACGAUUACCUGUCAGCCCUGCAGAGCGUCUGGCACCCCGAGUGCUUCGUGUGCACGGAGUGCCUGAGUGGCUUCACCAGCGGCUCCUUCUUUGAGCUGGAGGGUCGGCCCUACUGCGAGCAGCACUUCCACCAGCGCCAGGGCAGCAUCUGCCACGGCUGCGGCCGCCCCAUCACCACGGCCGCGGGUCGCAAGUACCACCCCGAGCACUUCAUCUGCGCCUACUGCCUGCGCCAGCUGCACAAAGGCUCCUUCCGCGAGCGCAGCGACAAGAUGUACUGCCAGGCCUGCCACGACAAGCUCUUCCUCUGA